UGUACACUUGGCGCCCACUUCAUCUUAGCAUAGUCUUUACCUCCGCAGCUCACUCGUCCGUCGUUCAACCGUCUUCUCCAAAUUUGAGAUUCUAUUAGGCUCUCGCGUUAGUUGUACUCUGUUCUCCUCUCUGUCUAAAACUCUUUCUCGAUCAUCUGUCGCAUAAUUUUACCAAAAACCAAAGGCGGUGGAGCUCUACAGCGCGAAUCUCUCUCUCUCUCUCUCUCUCUCUCUCUCUCUCUCUCCGCUGAGGCUUCUGGACUGGAAAGAAAGAUAAAUUUCAGCAUUAACUUCCACUGGUCUGGAAAUCGACCAGAGGUCUCUGAAGCGUUUGUUACUCCGCUUGGAGAUUCUACAAAAAAAGAAGAAGAAUGUGGUACACGUUCUUCUCCAUUUGCGUUAUACGAAUUUCCAGUAUAAAAUUGAAGAAAAUUCACGGCUAAAGUAACGAGGAAGUGUGCUGAACUUGUAAUUAUUUGUUUACUUAUCUGUAAUUUGUUUUUACCUUUCAUGCCUUGGAUUAAUUUAUGGCUAGAUUCUCAGGUAGUGUGGAAAAAAGGUUUUACCUGUCACAAUGUUACAGUGGAUGGGCGGAUCAAGGCGGAAAGUGACAGCUUCAAGAAAGUCGACACAGAAGAGGCAAAGGCAAUACUUUGAGCAAAGAAAACGACAACAGCAGCAGCAGCAGGCAACUGCGUUGGAGACCUUUUCUGAUGGAGUGAAUAUUAGUCAACAUCUAGAUAACAAUAGAUCGCUGGACAUUCUUAGUUUGCUGAACUUGUCAACAGUUGUUCAAUAUCGCAAGUCCAGCUGCCACAGUUCAAGGGAAAACUCGAGCGGCAAUGCAAUGACAGAGAACUAUCACAUCACAACAUGUCAACCAACAGUCCAAGCUGACAAAGUCACACCAGCUGACCCUGUUGAAUUUGAAGAAGCAAGAAAUCCACCAGUCAGUCAAGUGCAGACUGUAUACCAAAAGAAGUUUCACAGGGUUUUAUCUAGCGCUCCUGCCACUGAAAACAGACAUUUAAAUGGACAUGGUGACAGAACAGAUCAAUUGAAGACGACUAGUGACCGCCAGCUAUCUGUUUUUGAUUUACUUGGUGAUGAUGGACCAAAUGAAAGUCUGCAAGAAAAUCCCAAACCUGAAGCCCAUGUUGCAUUUGCAAUUGAAGGUUUGGGUAAAGUGGAGACAGAAACACCUGUUCAUUCCCCACAGCAGCCUGGCAGAAUGUUUUCAUAUGGUUCCUCCUCGCCUUUGGAGGUUGCAAGGCAACGUCAGUCGUCCAAGAACUUUGACGAUCUGCUGUAUGAUCUUGAACUUGAUGUGGGUGCUAUGAGUCAAGAUAUGCAUUCUGGCAGUUAUUUGGAUGAUCCAUUCUGUUCAAGGGGCACAGUAAACUUACAUAGUGAACAGGGGCAGAAGGUAUCCACUGGCAAGGCGUAUUCACGAUUCAACAUCAAUGCUAGUAGUUUGAAGAACUUUGCUGAUGAUAAAAUGUCAUAUAACAUUGCUGAUGAAGAUAACGAUAUAUGGAAAGAUGGCAACUUUCUUCAUGAGGAUUGUGAUAUAACAUGGAAUGGUAGUCUGCUUGAAAUCGAUGGCAGUUCUUCUGAAUUUUGGAAUCUUGGAAGCCAUGAGAUGUCAGACUUUGCUCUUGAAGGCCCCCAUUUUGAGAAAAUGGUCACAGAGAAAGCAAGAGGCAGGUUCAACAUCUCAGACUCACCAAGGCCACAUUAUAGGCAACGAAGAUCAAGAAAUAAUCAUGAUUUCCUUUUUCCAGACAGAACAUGGAACCACAAGGUAGGAAGAGACUGUGAUUUAAGAGAUAUAACCAACCAACCAGCAUGGUCUUGCCAUCUAACAGAAGAUGCAGGAGAAAGUUUGAGCUUGUUGAGUGAGGAGUCGUGCUCCUCCAGCGCAGUAAGGAACAACGCUAAUAAGAGGUCACCAUCAAAUUCAGUGGCACAACAGAACAUAAGGCGGCAUGGCAACGAUAUCUGUAGCCCAGCAAAUAAGUGCUGUAGGGAGAAAUAUGCAAAAGUUAGACCGUAUGAAAAGAGUGAUGAUCUCUUUGAAGAAAAGAAGAUAAAUGGGCCCCAAAAGUUUGCAAAGAUUUGCAAUCCGUCGAAUCCAAACCAAGCCCAUUUCUCUAAUUCUCUUUUCCACAAAAAGUUAGGGCCUGAGGACAGCUUCUCAGGCGAGGAAGGAUAUAUUUCUGCAAAGAUGGAUUCAGGAUUCAGUUCAUUCCGCCAAACAUCAGGAUCAGAAAAAUGUGCGUCCGCACAUCCCAAGAUUUGGACUAAGUAUCCCUUUGGUGCAUACCCCCUUCCUGGAGCACAUGUGAAUGUCAAAUCAUCUUUUGAGAGAUCCAAGCAUGAUGUUCUUCCCAAAUUGUCACCUUCUGGCAAAUUUUUGUUGACUUUUGUGGCUCCAACCCACGCCUGCAUUUCCUUCUGCCUCCUUUGUGGAAAAUGA